AUGCUGAUCACCCAACCCAACGAACACACAACACCUCAAACAAAACAAGAAUGUACGUCAAGGCUCAGUACUGUAGUACUUUUCGACAGAUCCGCUUCGUGGGAACUAGUGAAGGCCUAUACCGACAUGGCUACUUGUACGUCAGCUGCCUCUAUUGUUGCCACAGUCCUGUUGCCAAGGAAUCCAUUGUAA